UGGGCCAUAAACAUAUAGUCAAUGAAUAUAUCAACUACUUAACCUGUAUAAUAUUCGUAAGAACACUACGUAUAUCCAAUGGAAAUAGCCACAGCGAUCUUGAAGUAUAUAGUCAAUGCUAAUAUAUGAAUCCAGAAACGAGAAACUAAAAUUUUGCAGAGAAUUCAUAACAUAAUGGCAGUAUUUACAGCCCGUGGAGGUUACUUGGCGGGAAAUUGUGGAGUUAAGUUGUACAAGUGUCCUUCAAAGCUUCGCGCCCCUGCGUUUGUUAAACCUGUGCGAUUCAUAAUUUCCAAUUCAGCAUUUUUGAAUGGAAGGCCAUCUGCUUCUGCUUUCCAGGCACAAGACUUAAAGGGACAGAGGACAUCGACAUUUCUGCAAGAGUUGACACCACAAGGGCCACAACAUUAUAGUCGUCCAUGUAUAUUCUCUGGCACGGCUAAUUUACCACUUGCUCAGGAGAUAGCAUGCUAUAUGGGUCUUGAGCUUGGAAAGAUAAAAAUCAAGCGUUUUGCAGAUGGUGAAAUCUAUGUACAACUUCAAGAAAGUGUUCGAGGAUGUGAUGUAUUUCUAGUGCAGCCAACAUGUCCACCUGCAAACGAGAAUUUGAUGGAAUUACUUAUAAUGGUUGAUGCAUGUCGUCGAGCGUCUGCUCGAAAUAUAACUGCUGUCAUUCCCUAUUUUGGGUAUGCUCGUGCUGAUCGUAAGACCCAAGGCCGUGAGUCUAUUGCUGCAAAACUUGUGGCUAACUUGAUCACUGAAGCUGGUGCCAACCGUGUUCUAGCUUGUGACUUGCAUUCUGGUCAAUCAAUGGGGUACUUUGAUAUUCCUGUUGAUCAUGUCUAUGGACAGCCGGUGAUCCUUGAUUAUCUUGCUAGCAAAAUUAUUUCUUCAAAGGAUCUAGUAGUUGUAUCUCCAGAUGUAGGUGGUGUUGCUCGAGCACGUGCAUUUGCAAAGAAGUUAUCAGAUGCUCCUCUUGCAAUUGUUGAUAAGAGAAGGCAGAGUCACAAUGUUUCAGAGGUCAUGAAUCUCAUUGGUGAUGUUAAAGGAAAGGUAGCUGUCAUGGUUGACGACAUGAUUGAUACAGCUGGUACAAUAACCAAUGGAGCUGCUCUUCUUCACCAAGAAGGAGCUCGAGAAGUUUAUGCAUGUUCGACUCAUGCUGUAUUCAGCCCUCCUGCAAUAAAACUACUCUCGGGGGGACUCUUUCAAGAAGUUAUUAUUACAAAUACAAUACCUGUUAAGGAUGAAAAUUAUUUUCCACAGCUUACAAUUCUGUCAGUAGCCAAUCUUUUGGGAGAAACAAUAUGGAGAGUUUAUGAUGAUGGAUCUGUGAGUAGCAUAUUCCAUUGAUCAGAAAAUUUGUGUAUAUGUGGAGAAGCAUUUCAAGUAAAUAACGUAGCGAUAUGACCAGUGUAUAUAUUUCCUUGAUCACUUGUCUCCCAUUGUUUGCACUGAUAGUUCAAAGUUCAGGCAUAUUCUUUAUCGAGAUUACCUUCAUUUUACUCCUAAAGUUGCCGCAAACCAAUUCUCCAUGAUGCCAUACAAAGAUAUUGAAUUUGGUAGAUUGCUAAGGGGUUGGCCAUGCUAAUAAUGCACCCAAUAUCGAUUUUGUUCCUGUACUCUUAACGAGUGAAAUAUAAGUUUUGACAAUUUCUACC